AGAGAGGCAGGCGGAGAGAGCAGGCCAGGUCACACGUGAUCAGCGGCCGCUUCGUCCAACGCCGAGAAACCAUCUCGCUGCCUCUGAAUUAAAACUACUCUCCCCCGAACGGAGAAGAUGGUGACGAAGAUGCCGAUUCUUCUGGUUCUUGGAGUGAACUUCCUGUCUUGUGCAGGUUUCCCGGUGUAUGACUACGACCCGUCCUCCUUGCGGGAAGCCCUCGGCGCGUCCGUGGCCAAAGUCAACGCCCAGUCCUUGAGUCCGUACCUGUUUCGAGCCUUCAGGGGCUCAAUUAAAAGGGUCUAUGUCCUGGACCAGGAUAGCUUGAGCAUGGACCUAGAGUUUGGCAUUCGGGAGACAACAUGCAGGAGAGAAUCUGGAGAAGACCCUUCUACCUGUGACUUCCAAAGGGGCUACUACAUGCCGGCAGUUGUUUGCAGAAGCACGGUGCGGAUGUCUGCCGAGCAGGUGCGGGACGUGUGGGUUCGCUGCCACUGGUCGUCCAGUUCUGAGUCUAACAGCAGCGAAGAGAUGGGUUUUGGGGACAUAUUGGGAUCCUCUACAUGGAGAAAUAUGUACCUACCUGGUCUCAGUCCUGACAAGUCCAGAAGCGAACGCAGUGAACGGUCGCUCGAGAGCCUGAGAAGGAUCUUUCCUCCCGGGAAUCGAGGGUACCCGUACAAGGGGCACAGAACAAGGACAAACGCUGGCUUUGAGUAACAGCCUCGAGAUUGCUCCGCGGUCUCUUCCACUUGCCCGCCCUCAUCAAUGAUCUGCAGUUACUUCCAAGCACACGUCUCUUACCACGCUCUAUCCCGAGAUGCAGGCCCAGUGGAUGCAGUUGCUAUGGUUACCUGUGACCUCUCGGGUCCCACCCAGCCUCCUCGUCAGCUCCCUGCCUUAAUUGAGGGCAUCGCCAUCCCCCUAAUUUUCUCAAGCUCAAAAUUUUAGAGCACCAUUGACUCUUUACCCUUUCUCUUCUCCCAACAUCCACAGGGGUCCAGUCUUACCGAGUUGGGCCGCACGUUUUCUCUGGUAUGGGCCGAUCACUUGCUCGCCAUCACCACCGACCGGGGCAUGCUUUCCUGCCUCCGGUCCUGAUCUUACGCUGUCCACCUUGCACGCCGUCCUCAGGCUUCUCUUGAAACACAGAGGGGUCUCUGAUCCUUUCCACGUAACCCCCCUAAUGCUCGCUUCACUUACGGGAUAAAGCAGAGGUGUGCAAAAGACAGGCACUAAGCCAAAAGGAAGAAAAGCCUAUUGGCCCCCAGCGCUGUGGGGAGCUGGACCCCGAGCCCUGCUUCACCAAAGCAGCCCUGAGUGUCACCGACUCUCACGAGUAUAUAGAUUCCCAGUUGCUAGGGCAUUUGUAGCUAAGUCUUGUUAAAGGCUCCCAAGUAGUAAGGGGAUAUCAGGAAGUGGACACCUAGAAGGAAUCCUCAGAUGCGAUUACAGACAUCGAUUCCCUGCACAUCCAGUUUUGCACAGAAACACAAGUUAAUAACGAAGCUUGAGCUCUCACAGGCUUCAGUUUACACAGCACUGUAACCCUUCAGGAUAAAGUCCAAACUCCUCAGCGUGGCCCACAAAGGCCUUGGUGACCUGGCCCCUGCCCACUUCUCCAAGUCGGCCUCACCCCGAAGCUCCAGCAGUACUGACAUCCGCCCGGCUCGCCCUGCCGUGACCUCUGCAGGGAACAGCCCCCUCGCUGCUCUCCCCUCACUGGUCAGGCCUCAGCUGGGCGUCCAGUCUUCCCAUGGGCGGUCUCCUCUGAUCCCUUUAGGACGGUCCUCAUCACGGGGCCUCU